AUGCCCCGCUGCCAGGGUCUGACGAAGGACGACGUCGACUUCGAUUCAACAUGGAACACUUUAUCCACCGCUUUUCAAGAGAUCUUCGCCAAGAACGCAUCCAAACUCUCCUUCGAAGAACUCUUCCGCAAUGCAUACAAGCUGGUCUUGAAGAAAAAGCAGGACAUGCUGUACGACAGGGUCGUACAACUGAUAGAGACGUGGCUGCGGGAAAAUGUGCGGAUGAAGAUACACAACCUCAUAACACCUGCUCUCUUGGCUGAUCGCUUGGAUCAAAAUGUUACCAUUGUGUCCGAGGAAGGUAGAGUCGCUGGUGAGAGGUUUAUUAGGGCUCUGAACGACGCCUUUGCCGACCAUCAACUCUGUACCGGGAUGAUUACCGACGUUCUUAUGUACAUGCCCAAGCAGGACCGCAUGUUUUCUCAAGAACAGAAGAGACCGUCGACUUUUGCCGCUUCGAUGGCGCUGUUUCGAACCCAGGUCCUCAACACUCCCUUGGAUGGUGAUCCGAAAACCUCUGUUCUCUCCCUGUUGGAAACUGUUCUUCUCGACAUGAUCAGGUCGGAACGAAAAGGUGAAAUCAUUGACCGACCGCUGGUUCGUGCUUGUUGCUACAUGCUAGAGGGGCUCUACGAAACAUUCGCCGAGGAAGAAUCCAGCAAACUCUACCUCACGUCAUUUGAGCCCAAGUUUCUCCAAACGAGUCGAGAAUUCUACACGAGCGAAGGCCAAACAUUGUUGGUUGAGGCUGACGCAAGUACAUUUUGCACCCACGCAAGAAAAAGGUUGGCAGAAGAACAAGAGCGCUGCCAGCAGACCAUCUCCCCAAUUACAGAACAGAAAAUCAAAGCUGUGGUGGAGAAGGAGCUUAUAUCUGCUCAUAUCCGCGAUGUCAUCAACAUGGAGGGUACCGGGGUGCAGAGUAUGCUGGACAGUGACAAGGUCCAAGAUCUUACCAAUGUCUUUGAGCUCAUCAGCAGAGUGGACCCGCGGAAAACCGCGCUGAAGGAUGUGGUCAAGAAGCGUGUGAUAGAACUCGGGAUGGAUAUCAACAAGGCUGCGAAUGUGAUCGGUGAUGCCGCGCCUGCACCGAAAGCCGCUCAGAAAGCUGUUGCCGACAGUAGAGGCAUUCAGCAGGAGAAGGCGCUGAGCCAACAGACCCAGGCCGCCAUCGUGUGGGUGGAGCAGAUUCUAGCCUUGAAGGCCAAGUUCGACGCUCUCUGGAUUCAAGCGUUCCAGAGAGAUACAGUACUAGAGAAAGCUCUGGAGAAUUCAUUCCAGGAUUUCAUCAAUAUCAACGAGCGCAGCGCCGAGCAUCUGUCUCUCUUUCUUGAUGAAUAUCUGAAACGGGGCGGUAAGGACAAGAGCGAUGCUGAAGUCGACACAAUACUUGACAACGGCAUCUUGCUUCUCCAAUACCUGGCGAACAAAGACACGUUCGAGACAUACUACAAGAGACACAUGGCCAAGCGCCUUCUGAUGAAGAAAUCGGUCAGCCGGGAAAUGGAGCGCCAGAUGCUCUCAAAGAUGAAGAUGAAGAUCGGAAACCAGUUCACCCAAAAGCUCGAGGGCCUUAUCAGGGACACCGAGACUUCGGACGAUCUCAACAUGAAAUACAAGGAAUACGUCAAUCAACUUGGCGACCCCGAUCCCAAACGCGUUGAGCUGGACUGCAGGGUCUUAACCACCACUAUCUGGCCAUUUGAAACGCUCAACAAGCCUGACGAUAAUGCUUCCAGGACCGAUUGCAAGUUCCCAGCUCCAGUCGAACAGGUACGGCAAAGAUUCCAGAAGUUCUACCUUGAUAAGCAUACAGGUAGAAAGUUGACAUGGAUGCCCGGUCUUGGUGACGCUGAUAUGAGAGCUACAUUCACGACUGGUGGCAAGACGCGACGAUACGAACUCAACGUUUCGACCUACGCGAUGGUUAUUCUCAUGCUCUUCAACGAUCUUCCACUCGGGGAAUCUCUUACCUUUGAGCAGAUUGCGGCCGAGACCAAUAUUCCAAAGCCUGAUCUCAUCCGCAACUUGCAGUCUCUGUCGUUGGUUAACAAAUGGAGAGUUCUCCGGAAAGAGCCUGUGACGAAAGACGUCAAGUCAUCAGACAAAUUCUUCUUCAAUGAAGACUUCACUAGCCAGUUUCUCAAGAUCAAAGUGAGCGUGGUCGCAGGCGGCGGCGGCAAUCGGGUCGAGAACCACGAGGAGCGGCGUGCGACUCAAAAGCGAACAGAAGAAGAGCGUGGAAUCGUCAUCGAGGCCGCGAUCGUCCGUAUCAUGAAGUCACGCAAGAGUUUGUCGCAUUCGCAGCUCAUGACGGAGACUCUCGCCCAGAUUUCAUCACGUUUCCAACCGGAUGUGAAUAUGAUCAAGAAGAAGAUCGAAUCACUGAUAGAGAAGGAAUACUUAGAGAGGGGCCCCGAUCCAGCAAAACCUUCGUACAACUACUUGGCGUGA